CGAGAGGCUCCGCACUGCAGACUCACGCUCACGACUUGUUGUGGAACUUUCUUCUGACUGCGCGGGUAUGGACAAGUCUGGUUGAAGCCCUUGGGGUCCAAGUCUACUACAAUCACUCUCUCCCACUUGUAGUCAGAGUGCACGCUCGGGGCAUUUUGCUUCGGAUUUCAGAGGAACAAGGCAAGGGGCCAUCGCGUGGCUCUUGAUCGAGGACCAUCGAGUAUCGGACGAAGAGAAGAGGCGAGGCGAGGCGAGGCGAGGCGAGGCGAUGUGCGCUGGAGGAGAAAGAGGAGGUGGUCAGUAUGCAUCGACUUGGGGGGACGAGGAGGAAGCACCUAGCGUUGCGCAUCGACAGGAAAGAAGGUCGAGGAGAGAAGUAGAAGAGGUGGUGGACGUGGAUGUGAGGAGAUACGUGGAGCAGAUGGAGAGGGAGGAUGAGGAUGCCCACUGUCACCCCACCGACGAUCCAUCUCCUUGGCGAGAUUCGCAAGAGCUGAGUCUCAAGAUGCGCAGCGUAAAGUUGAACAAGGUUUGCGCCAUGUCCACCUCCGUGCACGAUCAGCAUUUCGUCGCUCAGCUGGCCCGAUCUUGUCCAGGAAAAGUGGUGCCUGCUUUUGGCUAUCAUCCCUGGUUCGCUCAUCAAAUCUCGCUCUGCGAUUCCACUACCAAAGAAGAUCAUUAUCGUUCCCUCUUUCUCGCUCAGGCAGAUGCGGAUGCGGGCACCUCUUCCCGCACGCUGGAAGCGAAGAAUCAACUGGAAGAUUUGCUUCCUCAUCUGCCCCCUCCUAUCGCCUUGUCCGACAUCAUCCAGACGCUUCGAAGAAAUCUGCAAGAACAUCCGACGGCUCUGGUGGGAGAGGUGGGAAUGGAUAGGAUCUUUAGAUUACCUAUGAGCGCGCAUGGAUAUACAAGGGACCCCACUCUGAGUUGUUUGAGCACACCUCUAUCCCAUCAAUUGUCCAUUUUGAGCGCUCAGGUGCAAGUGGCCAUCUCUCUUCGACGAAGCGUCAGCUUGCACAGCGUCAAAGCUGGCGAUGCCACGUUGGCUUGGGUGCGGGAGAUGGAUAGGCGUUGGCCUGGUAGCGGUCGACGAACGAAGCAUGUGGACCUGCACAGCUGCUCCCUCUCCGCCGAGAUGAUCCGCACCAAUGCCCAUCCAAACAUCUACAUCUCUUUCAGCCUAACCAUCAACGCGCGACAAAAAUCGCUCGCGCACCAGAUUCGCGCUUGUCGGGCGGAUAGGCUGCUGGUGGAGAGCGAUUGGCAUUCAGCGCACGGCUUGUCCGCACGUACAUGGGCCGCACUGAGGUUCGUGGCAGACAUCAAGCAGGAACUUCGGCAGGGCGAAGAGCGCGGGAGCGAGGCCGGAUACGAAAAGGCGGCAUAUUGCUUGAGAAGUAAUUGGAACAGGUUCAUCAGGGGCGAAUGA